AGCGUUAAGUGGCAUGGGCCAAUAAACACGCGAGACUUGGGUUCCUAGAAGCGGGCCAAUGGAGGAGCUGUCUCCCCGGCUGGAAGGCGGGGCUAGAGAGGGCGGGGCUUGAAGGGGCCGCAGCGUCACCUGACCGCGGGAGGUUCCGCGCGGGGUAGGUGCUGCUUGCAGCAGGCUCGGGGGAGUCGCCAUGCCUACAACACAGCAGUCACCUCAGGAUGAGCAGGAAAAGCUCUUGGAUGAAGCCAUACAGGCUGUGAAAGUCCAGUCAUUCCAAAUGAAGAGAUGCCUGGAUAAAAACAAGCUCAUGGAUGCUCUGAAACACGCUUCUAAUAUGCUUGGUGAACUGCGGACUUCUAUGUUAUCACCAAAGAGCUACUAUGAACUUUAUAUGGCUAUUUCUGAUGAACUGCACUACUUAGAGGUCUACCUUACAGAUGAGUUUGCCAAAGGAAGAAAAGUGGCAGAUCUCUAUGAACUUGUACAAUAUGCUGGAAACAUUAUCCCAAGGCUUUAUCUGUUGAUCACAGUUGGAGUUGUAUAUGUCAAGUCAUUUCCUCAAUCCAGGAAAGACAUUUUAAAAGAUUUGGUAGAAAUGUGCCGUGGUGUGCAACAUCCCUUAAGGGGUUUAUUUCUUCGAAAUUAUCUUCUUCAAUGUACUAGAAACAUCUUACCUGAUGAAGGAGAGCCAACAGAUGAGGAAACAACCGGAGAUAUUGGUGAUUCUAUGGACUUUGUACUACUCAACUUUGCAGAAAUGAACAAGCUCUGGGUGCGAAUGCAACAUCAGGGUCAUAGCCGAGAUAGAGAAAAAAGAGAACGAGAAAGACAAGAACUGAGAAUUUUAGUGGGAACAAAUUUGGUGCGCCUCAGUCAGUUGGAAGGUGUAAAUGUGGAACGUUAUAAACAGAUUGUUUUGACUGGCAUAUUGGAACAAGUUGUAAAUUGUAGGGAUGCUCUGGCUCAAGAAUAUCUCAUGGAAUGUAUUAUUCAGGUUUUUCCUGAUGAAUUCCACCUCCAGACUUUGAAUCCUUUUCUCCGGGCCUGUGCUGAGUUACACCAAAAUGUAAAUGUGAAAAACAUAAUCAUUGCUUUAAUUGACAGAUUAGCUUUAUUUGCCCACCGUGAAGAUGGACCUGGAAUCCCAGCAGAUAUUAAACUUUUUGACAUAUUUUCACAGCAGGUGGCUACAGUGAUACAGUCUAGACAAGACAUGCCAUCAGAGGAUGUUGUAUCUUUACAAGUCUCUCUCAUUAAUCUUGCCAUGAAAUGUUACCCUGAUCGUGUGGACUAUGUUGAUAAAGUUUUAGAGACAACAGUGGAAAUAUUCAAUAAGCUCAACCUUGAACAUAUUGCUACCAGUAGUGCAGUUUCAAAGGAGCUCACCAGACUUCUGAAGAUACCUGUUGAUACUUAUAAUAAUAUUUUAACUGUAUUGAAAUUGAAACAUUUUCACCCUCUUUUUGAGUACUUUGACUAUGAAUCCAGAAAGAGCAUGAGUUGUUAUGUGCUUAGUAAUGUUCUGGAUUAUAAUACAGAAAUUGUAUCUCAAGACCAGGUGGAUUCCAUAAUGAAUUUAGUAUCCACGUUGAUUCAAGAUCAGCCAGAUCAACCUGUAGAAGACCCUGAUCCAGAAGACUUUGCUGAUGAGCAGAGCCUUGUGGGCCGAUUCAUUCAUUUACUGCGAUCCGAGGACCCUGAUCAGCAGUACUUGAUUUUAAACACAGCACGAAAACAUUUUGGAGCUGGUGGAAAUCAGCGGAUUCGCUUCACACUGCCACCUUUGGUAUUUGCAGCUUACCAGCUGGCUUUUCGAUACAAAGAGAAUUCUAAAGUGGAUGACAAAUGGGAAAAGAAAUGCCAGAAGAUUUUUUCAUUUGCUCACCAGACUAUCAGUGCUUUGAUAAAAGCAGAGCUGGCAGAAUUACCCUUGAGACUUUUUCUUCAAGGAGCACUCGCUGCUGGAGAAAUUGGUUUUGAAAAUCAUGAGACAGUAGCGUAUGAAUUUAUGUCCCAGGCAUUUUCUCUGUAUGAAGAUGAAAUCAGUGAUUCCAAAGCUCAGCUGGCUGCCAUCACCUUGAUCAUUGGUACUUUUGAGAGGAUGAAGUGCUUCAGUGAAGAGAAUCAUGAGCCCUUGAGGACUCAGUGUGCACUUUCUGCAUCCAAACUUCUGAAGAAACCUGAUCAGGGCCGAGCUGUGAGCACCUGUGCACAUCUCUUCUGGUCUGGUAGAAACACAGACAAAAAUGGGGAGGAGCUUCAUGGAGGCAAGAGGGUAAUGGAGUGCCUAAAAAAAGCUCUAAAAAUAGCGAAUCAGUGCAUGGACCCCUCUCUUCAAGUGCAGCUUUUUAUAGAAAUUCUAAACAGAUAUAUCUAUUUUUAUGAAAAAGAAAAUGAUGCGGUAACAAUUCAGGUUUUGAACCAGCUUAUCCAAAAGAUUCGAGAAGACCUCCCAAAUCUUGAGUCCAGUGAAGAAACAGAGCAGAUUAACAAACAUUUUCAUAACACGCUGGAGCAUUUGCGCUUGAGGCGGGAAUCACCAGAAUCUGAGGGGCCAAUUUAUGAAGGGCUCAUCCUUUAAAACGAAACAGCUCAUCGUACUCCUUCCCAUGUACAUCCAGUAAGGAUUUGAUUACACUAGGUUUCCCUUCCAUAGAUUGUGCCUUCCAGAAAUGCUGAGGUAGGUCUCCCGUUUCUAACCUGUGAUGUGUUUUACCCAGCACCUCCGGACACUCACCUUCAGGACCUUAAUAAAGUGACUGGCUUUGUAAGUGUUCAGGUUUGUCUGACCGCCCCACAUAGCAUGACCGAUCUGCUAUUUAAAAUCUGUGUGAUCCAUUAAACAGCAACAACACAUAGCGCAGCUCCUGAUGAAGCUCCCUUUCCUUGCGUUUUGUUCUGUUUCAUUGCUGACUGUGUAUAUUUUCUUCAUUGCUGGGGAGUACUAACCCAGAGGUGUCUGUCUCUGUUCUGUAGUCCAAUCUGAGAUUAAUUUAGAGGAAAGGAAAAUUGUACGUGAAAUUCAGCUUCGGCUUUUCCCUAAAUGCAAGAUAAGGCCAUGUGAACUAUUUUCCCUAAAAUUAGAAUAUAUUAAUGCAUGUUUGAAAAUUUUAAAGCACCAUGGUCAAAAUCAGAAGCUAUAUUUUGCAUAUUUUAAUGGACUCAGUCAUUCAUUCAGAACCUAUGUUGUCCUCUGGACAUAUUUAUCAAAAUAAUUUGAUUCUAAGUAGUACAAAAUAGAAAAUUUGUGAUCUAUAUGAUUUAUGUUUAACCUUCAUUGUAAAUUUGAUGGGAAAUGCAUCACAGUUAUCAUGAUUUUUUUUUUUUGCACCAGUGAACAAUAAAAGUUGCUAUUAACAA